UAGUGUCGGCUACGGUGCAUGCCUGUAUGUUCGAUCUAGCAGGGAAAUUGAGACUACGAUUGUCAGAUUAGCAUGCGCCAAAUCCAGAGUUGUGCCGUUAAAACCUAUUACUAUUCCGCGUUUAGAACUCUGUGGUGCAUUAGUAUUGGCGCAAUUAUAUCGGGAAGCAAGCGCUAUAUUGAACGUUACACCUAACCGAGUCAUUUUCUGGUGCGAUUCGACCAUCGUUUUGCAUUGGAUAAAAACGCUGCCUCAUCUCCUUAAGACGUUCAUAGCAAACCGAGUCACAGAAAUUCAGAACAUCACUGGUUCCAACGUAUGGCGGCACGUCCAGUCAGAAGACAAUCCGGCGGAUGCGUUAUCAAGAGGUCAGUUGCCUCAUACUUUUUUGCGAAACAAAAUGUGGCUUACGGGACCCUCGUGGUUAGUCGAGGACGAGAGCGAGUGGCCCAAUGAGAUCAUGCAAACAGACAUCGAAAUAACGGAAUUAAAGAAAAACACCUGUUUAAUAGCGGCGACCCACGAUACCGGGAUUCUCACCAAAUACUCUUCCUACUCUGAAUUGCUCAGAAUCAUCGCGUAUUGCCUCCGUUUUCGCCGUACCAUUAAGUCUACCGGCUCAUUAUCCGCAAGCGAGAUUAUUGAGGCUGAACAGCGAAUAUUAAGGAUUCUUCAAGCGUCUCAAUUUGCCAACGAAAUCAAGGAACUCAAACUUAGGGGUUCAACGAAUAAGAGCAAAAUCACUGUUGCGUACAUCAUCGUGCACGAUAGUCAAACAUGA